AUGGAAACAGGAAAAAACAAAAAUAAAAAAAAAAUGAUAAUUCAUUUUGAUUCUUCAUAGUAAGAUGAGGUUAGUUCACCAUCAAUAAAACCAUCUGAAAGUGAAGGAGAUAAUGGAUUUCCUUUAACAAAAACAAUAAAGAAUAUGCUUUAUGUUUAUGGUGAUUAAAAAAAGUCUGAGGUGCAUAAUUUGGCACAUUUAUAAAUUUAGGAAUUGAUAUCAGAUAUCUUUUAACCAUAAAUAUUACAUGCUUUAUAUUCUGUUGCUCCAAAGCCAUGGGAAGAGAUUGGAGCAGAUAUAAAAUUCGAAUUUCCUCAACCGCUGACAAAGAACAAGAGAAUACUCUAGAAUUAUUUAAAUAGUGUUUUUAAAGAAUUUGUGAGUUUAUUUUAGAGAUUGUCAAGAAUUUCAAAAAGAUUAAAGAAACAUGCAUCAGAAGUGAAUUAAGAUAAUAAUAUUGAUUAUGAAACAACAUUAAGAAAUAAAGCUUAGAAAGAUGGGAUUUUAAUAUACGAAGAACAAUAUUCAUAAUAAGAAGAUUCAGUAUCAAAUUCUUCAAUAGCAUCAGAAUCUCCACAUGAAGUAUGGGAAGAAUAUAUGAAAGCUAGAGUAGAAUAGAUGCCUUCUUAAGAAUUUAUAAAAUUUAUGGAAUUAAGAUCAUAAACAUUUAUUCAUCAUAAGGGAUUUAAGUAAUUUAUUGAUCCUCAUAAUUAUGGUCAAAACUUUAUAGAAUGUAUAAAUCUAAAAUUUUUGAAUUAUUGUUUAUGUAGAGUAAUUAAACGUAUAAUAUAGAAAGUAAUGUAAUUUGAAUAGCCAUAAAAAUAAGUAUUUUAGUUGUCUGAAGAUAAUCUAAAGAAGUAUGGUUAUUAAAUAAUAGAAACUUAUAAAAUANCAUCAAAUCCUUUAAUGAGAUGUCCUCAUGAUUGGAGAUAGUUUUUCAGAUUUUCACUAACAAAAUUUUCCAAUUACCAUAAUAGAUAAGAAAAAAAUUCACUUUAAUAAUGA